UGUUAAAGUACUCAACUUGACUAACAUCAACCAGAAUCGCUAGUUAAAAUGAAGUGCUCCAUCUUCUCCUUUUUUUCUUCACCUCCCUCAAAUGUUUCCUAAAUCCAAACUAAACAACUCUACCUUUAAACAUAAACCACCUAACUCCAACGUAUCAACUUUAGACUUUAGAACUUGACUUUGGAGCUGAGUCAACUAUGCAUUAUGGAUGAACUUUGCAGCAUUUUCCAAAUCACAAACCUCUUCUUCUAAAGCUUUCUGUCAUGGUGAUCUCUUCUCAUUUUUGGAACUAAGAAACGUAAUUAUGUAUAAUUAAAUGGAAGGGGUGUUGGUAGAGAAGCUACCAUUUCAACUUGGUUUCAGGCAGUCAUGAAGUUUAUGAAAUUAGGAACAAGGCCAGACACCUUCCACACUCAAGAAGCCACCAGGACUGUCAUUUCAGAAACACCCAGUGACCUUAGUAUCAAAAUAAACAUCACUUAUCUCAUUCACAAGCUGCAGUUCCCUGUGGUACCAAAGUGUGGUCUUUUACAGAGACUUUGCUCUAACCAUAGCAGCAGUAAGAAUAAUGGUGAUGAGAAAAUUAGAAUAGAGCUGCAUGAGAUUCCAGGUGGAGAAGAUGGUUUCGAGCUUUGUGCAAAGUUUUGCUAUGGAAUCACCAUUAAUCUCAGUGCCCAUAACUUUGUGUCUGCUUUCUGUGCUGCUAACUUUCUUGGAAUGUAUGAAUCAACGGAUGAAGGGAAUUUCGUUUCCAAGCUCGAAUCUUUCUUUAUUUCUUGCAUCCUUUGUGGUUGGAAGGACUCCAUUCUCGCUCUUUGUUCUUCAGUUGGGGUUUCUGAAUGGUGCCAUAAUCUUGGUAUCACUUCAAAAUGCAUUGAUUCAAUCGUCCACAAUAUCCUCACUCCUCCUCCUAAGGUCACAUGGUCCUACACAUACACCAGACCGGGCUACAACAAGAAAAACCACCGUUCAGUUCCAAAAGAUUGGUGGACAGAGGAUAUAGCCGAUCUCGACAUCAAUCUAUUCCGCUGUAUAGUGCUAGCAAUUUCAUCAACUUGCAUACUACCUCCACCACUGAUUGGCGAAGCCUUGCAUGUGUACACAUGCCGAUGGCUUUCAGACGUCCGAGGCAGAUCUACGUCGGAUAACGUGGAGAAGAAUCGACAAAUCAUCGAAACCAUAAUCGGCUUGAUUCCACCAGAUAGAGAAUCAGUAUCAGUAAGUUUCUCACUUAGAGUCCUCCACCUUGCAAAUGUGUUGGGAGCAUCUCAAGUUACAAAGGCAGAGAUUAUAAGAAGAUGCAGCUUAUUGCUUGAAGAGGCAACUGUGAAAGACUUACUUUUUUCUAAUUCUAUGUCUAAAGAUGAUGAUAAUGGGCAAUGUUUGGAAUUGGAUGAUGAUGUUGAUUUGGUUGUGGGUGUUUUAGAGAGUUAUUUGAUGAUGUGGAGAAGGAAUAAUUCAGAUGAUGAUGUGGAAAAUGAACAGCAUUUGAGAUCUAUAAGAAAAGUUGGGAAGCUUAUUGAUUGUUAUCUUCAAGUGGUUGCUAGGGACCGAAAAAUGUGUGUUGCUAAGAUGAUCUGUGUAGCUGAAGCUUUGCCUGACCAUGCUCGCCCAACCCAUGAUCAUAUUUACAAGGCUAUCAACAUCUUUCUCAAGGAGCAUCCAGAUAUAAGCAAAGCGGAGAAGAAGCGAUUAUGUCGAGUUCUAAACUGCCAGAAACUGACACCGGAACUACGAAGCCAUGCCGUGAAAAACGAGCGGCUGCCACUGAGAACAGUGGUGCAAGUUUUGUUCUUUGAGCAAGAGAUGAAAGGUUCCAAGACAAGUAGGCAAGGAGUAGUAGAAGGCACAGAAGAAGAUCAGUUGCAAGAUGAGAUGAGAUGUGAACAAAAACAGAGGCCAGGGAGUGGUGAUCUGAUGAGACCUCAGACACAACAAAAGCUGAGGAGAUCAGAAAGCACAAGAUCAAAGCCCAGUGGAAAAGAAAGCCACAAAAUGAAGGCAAGUGAGUUGAUAAAGAAAUCCAUUGUUGAAUCAAGAAGGAAGUUUGUUGUUCAUAAAGGAGAAGAAAGAGGAAGAAGUUAAAGGGAAGAAGAACGGAGAUUGUUACUAAUUGAAAGAAGAGAAACACAGAUCGGAAUCCACUUAUUAUAAGGCUUCAUAGCUUGUAUACUAAAUCCAAUCAAUUCCACACUUUAUUGUUUUUUUUUUUAAAUUUUCAUGAGUUGGGUGUUGGCAUAAGAUCGUGUUAUGAUGAAUAAGAUUGGUUUGCAUAGGCCCAAAAAUGUUGGCUAACCGGUGCUAAUAAAGAUAUUCGAGAUAUUUAUUUAGAUUCUUCAA